UUACAUUCCCGCUUCAAUUUCAGUUUUCAGAUAUUGCCAACUUGCUAAAAAUCAAACAUUUCAAACAAAACACAUACAAGAUACAUUCCUUUUCAUUUCUUCAAAUUACAUAAUUUACGUAACACCGCAACCAACCAUGUCGGGGUUGAAGAUGAUAAACCACAGUCGAUUGCUGGCUGGCGCAGCGGCACGUUUGGACGCUGUUUGUAGUGCACUGUCGCCGAGGAAUCACUUAAUAAUACAACAUAGGAUGGCGUCAAAAGCUAUCACUUUAGAAAAUAUUAACCCGAAUAUCGUGAAGUUGGAAUAUGCUGUGCGCGGACCGCUGGUCAUCCGAGCGGCGGAAAUCGAAAAGGAACUUGAAAAGGGCGCUCAGAAACCUUUCAAGAGGGUGAUCAAAGCCAACAUAGGAGAUGCUCACGCUAUGGGACAGAAACCCAUCACCUUCAUCAGACAGGUGUUGGCUUGCGUCUCGUUUCCCGAGCUUAUCGACACAUACGACUUUCCCAGUGACGUGAAAAAGCGCGCCAGAGAAAUCCUUGAAGGUUGCGGUGGCCAAUCAGUCGGCUCUUACACCGCAUCACACGGCAUCGAACUAAUCCGUCGACACGUCGCCGAAUACAUCGAGCGUCGCGACGGUCACCCGGCGAAAUGGGACGACAUUGUCCUUACUGGCGGCGCUUCCAAUGGCAUUAAAAAUGUCCUUCAGCUUCUUUGUAAUGACUUGGGAGGAAAACCUUCAGGUGUUCUCAUCCCUAUCCCCCAGUACCCACUGUACUCAGCAUCCCUAGCUGAAUACGGUCUCACUCAAGUGGGCUACUACUUAGACGAAGAUAACGCCUGGGCGUUGGACGAAGCGGAGCUAGAAAGGGCCUUGAAAAGCGCGAAGGACUGCAAUGUUCGGGCCAUCGCUGUUAUCAAUCCGGGCAAUCCCACGGGACAGGUCUUAACGCGGUCCAACAUUGAGACGAUAAUCAAAUUCGCUCACCGGCACAACCUGCUGCUAUUGGCCGAUGAAGUUUAUCAGGACAACGUGUAUGCCGAGGGAAGCAAGUUCUUCUCAUUCAAAAAGGUGUUGAGAGAAUUGGGUGCCCCGUACACGAAUGAACUUGAAUUGGCUUCCUUCAUGUCUAUAAGCAAAGGUUACAUGGGCGAGUGUGGUCUUCGAGGCGGUUGGAUGGAGCUCGUCAACUUCGAUAAAGCCGUUCAGGCCAACCUUUACAAGUGUAUAUCAGCCAUGCUGUGUCCCACCGUGCUAGGACAGUCGGCGGUGGAUUUAGUCGCCAAGCCGCCCAGUAAAGGCGAGCCCUCUUACGAGCUGUGGAUCAAGGAGAAGACUGCCGUACUGGACUCCCUGAACAAGCGAGCCAAGAUGAUCGCAAACACCUUCAACUCUAUGCAGGGAUUCAAAUGCAAUGUUGUUCAGGGCGCCAUGUACGCGUUCCCGAGCAUCGAGCUGCCGCCGAAAGCCAUCGAGGCCGCCAAGGCGCAGGGGAAGGCUCCUGACGUAUACUAUGCCUUCACACUGUUGGAACAGACCGGUAUCUGCAUCGUGCCGGGCUCCGGCUUCGGGCAGCGGCCCGGCACCUUCCACUUCCGCACCACCAUCCUGCCGCAGCCCGCCCUGCUCCAGGAGAUGCUGGACAUCUUCAAGAACUUCCACGAAAAGUUCACCAGGGAACACGCCUAAACGCCCUAUGAUUAGAAGACCACGAAAAACAGCAAGAAAGCGUCGAGCGUCGUUUUCAAACAGUAAGAAAUGUAGGCAAGUAGACGCUAGCGAAUCCGCUCUAAGCGUUUUUCGUGGACAAGUUGGAGUUCGCUGGCGAAUUCAAAAAUAUUGCUUUAGAAUAGGACGAAGCUAACUCAAAGUGUGGCAAUGCCGUCAUUGAUGUCGUAUUUCUAUGAAAAUAUGACGUAUAAUGACACUUUGUUGUAUAAAAAUCGGUGCAAAGUUAUCUCAGGGUCGUAUUCUAUGUGUCCAAAAUCUUGGUCCAAUGUGCAUUGAGUCUUACUCUCUCAUUAAGUAAAAUGUGAGACGCAAAUACACAUUCGACCAAGAUAUCGAAUAGAUGGAAUACCACCUAGACGCACUAUUAUCACGCAUAGGUGGUGACCAACAUUUUUGGAAAAUCGAGAAGGCACGGUUUGAGAUAGCAGCUAUAUCUAUAGCAGUAAAAAUCUUAACUUUCUCGGGUAUUUAAGAUCCGACACACAACACUAACUUCAUUUCAAUUUCGAAAGAUUCAUAAGAAACAUUACUCUCAGUGGCAAAACAUGUAUUUGAUACAAGAGGAUUAAAUACAGGGUGGCCAAAUAAGAAGUAUACAUUUUGUUUUUAAAGUUCAAAAAUUAUUAGGUAUUGUUUUAAAAAUAUAUUCUUCAGGGUUGGCAAAUUCAUGCGAAACAUAAUGUCUGACAUAUGUCCACCUCUAACAGCAGGCAAAUGUAAGCCCUUAUCAUCCCAAUGUUCAGCAUCUAUUCGCACAUUUUUGGCAUUAUCUUAGUACAUUUGUGUCGAAUAGUCGGUUUUAACUGUUUAAAUUUCAUCAGCUCGUUAGCAUAGACACGUAAUUUUAGAUAGCCCCACAGAAAUAAGUCAAGAGCUACAAAAUUUGGAGAAUUUGGGUGCCAAUCACUGUCACUUUUUUUCAAAAUUAAUCGAGCAAACAACGUGUUUUAAACAACAGAAACAUUUGAGAUAAAAUUGCUUGCUGCUAGUGGUAUACAUUUGGCAGAAAUUAUCUUCCGUAUACAAUUGCCAACCCUGAAUAAUAUAUUUAUGAAAAAAUAUUUAAUAAAAUUUCCACUUAAUGUAAUUAAAAUUUAAAAACAAAGUGUAUCAUUCUUAUUUGUCCACCCUGUAGAACCUAAUGGUACAUUUUCUUUAAAACGAACUAAAGGGCUGAAGGCUUUCGUCGAUGAUCUAUUGUAUACAUCGUGUAUCUUUGAUACGACAGCAUAAUCAAAGGGUAUUUCAUUUAUACUCGAAACCGUAAUUCAAGACCAAAAAAACUACGACAAUGUUGCCACAGCUAUAAAACUAUUGUUGUUCCUUUUUUCCAAAAAAAAAAAACACGCGAAGAUAAUUUAUUUAUUGGUAAUUUUAAUGGUAUCAUUUAAAUACGUAAUUUUAUCUACUUAUUUUUAUAUAAAUACAAGACGCCCUAAUAAAAACUUAUGAUUUUUGGCACGUACUUGUGUUACACUUUGGGUAUUCAUAACAUUUGGUGCAAUAAUUUACAAAUAAGUUCAGAACGAACUCGGAUAUAAUUUAUUUUACAGUACAUAUGGUGCUACUUUACCGCACUAGUGCGAAAAUUAGCAUAUUACGUCACUGUGUCGAACAUUUAAAGGGCCAUAUGUACUGUAAAACGUUGUACGAUACAUGUGCGAAUAGUUAAUUCGCAACUCGUGUCGAUUUUAAACACUCCCUUCGGUCGUGUUUUAAUUUAUCACCACUCGUUUCGAAUUUUCUAUUUUUCGCACUUGUAUCGUAAUGUACUAUUACGAUACAAGUGCAGAAAAUAGGAAAUUCGUAAUGAGUGGCCAUAAAUUAAAACACGAGUUGCGAAUUACCUAUUCGCACGUGUAUCGCAUAACGUUAUACAGUACAUAUGGCCAUUUAAAGUUUCGACAUAUGCACGGAAAGUGCUCAUUCCGCGUGCGGGAAAGUAGCACUAUAUGUAUUAACAAUCUUUCAGUAUUGUUUUCUAGCACUGAAACCUACGUCUAAUUUAACUUUGCAGUUAUAUCAAAAAUACACUGUAUUUACUUUUUGGUCGCCGCCAUUUUGAAUUCACUCUUCGCCAGUUUCAUUUCCAUACAUUUUGAACGUCGCUUGAUUUGGAAAGCUGUCCAAAUGUCUGUAUUAUCUAUUGAAAUAAUACGUUUUGUUACUGAGAAGAUUCGAAUGAUAUAAUAAUAAUAUAGUUUACCCCUUACAUUUCAUUAAAGUGUCAAAAGGGCCUCUACGUGUUGGCUUCGGCUCCCAAAGGUUCGGAACACCAUUGUUCCGUGAUGGGAAAGACAUAUAAUAUAGUUUACAGUACAUAUGGUGUUACUUUACCGAACUAGUGCCAUAAUUAUCACAUUACGUAACUAUGUCGAAAAUUUAAAAGGCCACAUGUACUGUAAAACGUUGUACGAUACAUGUGCGAAUAGGUAAUUCACAAAUCGUGUCGAUUUAAAACACUCCCUAUGGUCGUGUUUUAAUUUAUCGCCACUCGUUUCGAAUUUCCUAUUUUUCGCACUUGUAUCGUAAUGUACUAUUAUUCUAUUUUACGCUCAACACAUCACAAUAGGUUUCUAUUUCUAUCACAAUUUUAAUAUAUAUAUAUAUAUAUACAUUAUGUAUGUAUUGUAUUGUUAUGAAUAAUAUACUUGAAGGUUUGUAUAUGCAAUAGGCAUGGAGCGAUAUAAAGACUCUGUUUUGUAUGUUUAGCUCUAUUUGAGAUAUUGAUAUUGUAUAGAAAACGCAAAAUAUGUAGGCGGCCGAUCGUGAAAUCAGGCAGAUCGUUAUAUUCCUGUGUAAUGUUUUUACGGCAGCCAUAUUUAACCAAUAAAUAGGUAGGAUAGGUUCGUUAGGUUGGUCCCCGUGACCCAAGGGCAAACUAUUCAGAAAUAGGAGCCCCGCGUAGCGAAUCUCAAGGAACGAGAAAGAUUUUCACGUUUCACGAUGUGCCUAGGAAUUUCACGAUCUGCCUGAUUUUACGAUCGGCCGCCGACAUGUACAUUAGGAUUGCAAGAUGGGAUAUUGUAAAGAUAAAAAAGGGCAUUUUCGCAGAAAUUUUAAUAUCUUUUACAAGUCUACAGUAUUCUCUCUCGUGUGCCGCAAUUUUUUUUUUUUAAUAAUUUCUUCGAUCUAAAAACGUAAUCCUUAUUGCAGAAAAGGUAUACCAAUCAGAUAAAUCAGAGCGGCGAAGGCGCUCAAAAAUAUCUGAACAUGGACUAGCGUCUUUAUAAUAAAUAGAACAUUUGAUCACAUAUUUGUGAACACCUUUGCCGUGCAGGUAUAUCUUUAAGAGUGUUACUUUAAUCUUUACCAGUGAAUUAAAUUGCGAAAUGCGUGUUUUAAACGUUUAAUUGACGUUUUCAUAUACAUUUAGAUAUUGUUAAGAAAUAUGCGAAAGGGUUGUUAUACCUUGAGUUAGAAUUUAAUACUCGAUUUGACGAAAAUGCCCAUACUCAUCAAUAUUGGUUGUUUAUUAGCAAUAUAUUUGUAAAAUAAGUUGCAUUUUUUUGGUCCUUGCUUGCUUUCUCUAACUGAAAAUUUUGCAAGCAACAAUCGGCCAAUGAAAAUUAAACCUUAUGAUGUACGUGUUAAGGAAAUAAUGGAUUGUUUAAAGAUGGCUGUUAUACUUGGACUAGGUAGUUGAUUUUAAUGUUCUUUUUAAUGUAUAUUUUAUACACAGUAUUUUACUUUACAUUCUUUGUUUUUAAUUAUUUAAAAAAAAAUCUGGUCACAGCA